UUUCAAGGUUCUAAUGAGUCAUGGCAACCGCGAUGCUGUAUAGAAGAUGUGUUAAUUGCAAAGAAAAUAUAAGCGAAUUGAAUUUCGAUAUACACGAAGCGUUUUGCUGUAGAAAUGUGGUAAUAUGCCCAGAUUGUGGUGUCAGCCUUCUGAAAACACAGUUAUUGCAGCAUCAGCUGGAUAAGCAUAGUCAAAUUAAGUGUAAUUACUGUGAAUCUUUAUUUCAAGAGUCCAGUGUUUUGGAACACGAAUUUGUAUGCCCUAGACGACUGGUGGGGUGCGCUUUUUGUAACUUGGAGGUGACCAUAGACCUAUUAGAAGACCACGAGUACACAUGUGGUGCCAGGACAGAACGCUGCUCAAAUUGUGGGAACUUUGUGAUGCUUAAAUGCCGUAAAACUCAUCGGUGUAAGAAAUCCAUAGAGUGUCUUACAAACUUACAGAAUGAUCUCGAGAAAGACUUUUGUAUGGCGUUGAAUUUGCAAUAUGAAGAUUACAUUCAAAAUGUACAUUCUGCAACACUCCAGAAACAUAUGGGAAGUCAGACUGACACCUCACAUCAUAAAUCAACUGUUGGGAGAUCGUCAAAUGAAAAUGUCGUGGAUGAAUGGGAGUCGAAUUCAAUGGUACCAUGUGAAUUUUGUCAUUCCUGUUAUUCAAUAGAUAUGAUUCAUGAACAUCAAGUUUUGUGUUUACUUGAAAAUGGUUCAUUGAUGUCGGCAACAGAAGAACAGACAAAUAAACCCAACGAUUCAUAUAAUCAAGUAACUACAAAUUCAGAAAUAACACCGAACUCUUGUAAAAUUUCACAAGCAGCUGGGUCCUGUACUCGCCCACCAAUGAUCAAUUCUAUAAAAGUACAAUCAAAAAAAUAUCCUUCCGCAUCACAACAAUUAAAAUCAACCAAUAGAAAAUCUGUUCAAUCUUCUUCUUCCUCCUCCUCCUCAUCAUCAUCAUCAUUAACAUUACCAGAAAACAAUACAAAAAAUAUCAAAACUCCAAUCAAUUCAUAUUGUUCUUCAAGAAUGAAUAAUAAAAGUACUUCAGUUAACAAGAAUCAAGAUCCUUUGAAAUUAGUACAUAAUCCUUCUAAGAAAUGUUUAACCACUGAAACUGUGAAGAAUUCAUUUCAUUCAAAUUCAUCAUUAAAUUUACAAAAGAUAAAGAAGAUGGAGAAGAAAAAUUCUAAUUGAUUGAAAAAAUAAUACAAUAAAAUCCAAAGGUUUCUCCAAGUAGGAUUGAAUAAGUUAAAGAAAUUUAUUAUGGAAUCGUUUAUUUUGUUCAUUUAUUGAUUCAUUCAUUUAAAUGAUCAUUUUAUUUACUUAAUACAAACCUAAUAUAUUUUUCUCUUUAUACAUCAGGUUUCUUUGAUAUUAUAGUAAUUUCAAUAGUUGAGAUCAUGAGUCAAUUGAAGGUAGAUUAAUAUGAAAAAUCUAGAAGUAUUGGACAACAAGAAACUGAUAAGUUCUGGGUUCGAGUCUCGCGAGGCGGGACUAUGAAUGCUCACUGUUGUGUAGUCCAACAAUAGGAUGAAAUGGUCGUCCUGUACUUCCAGGUUUUCCAUGUCGGUCUAGCUUCAAUUGACUAAUGAUCUCAACUAUUGAAAUUACAAUAAGAUUUUUUGAUUAAAAUAAAUUCAUUGUCCUAUUUAAAAGUUUUCUCUUAUCAUUUUCAAAUAACUUAAAUUUAUAAAUAGUCGUAUGUUUCUAAAAAAAUUUUUGAUAAUACUUAAUCCUCGAUAUUCUUGUCGUUUUAUUGUGAGAACUUGGGUAUGAUGGGGUUCAGAUAUGCCAAUGUACUUAAAUUGUUAUCAACG